ACACACGCACACACAGCAGGCUGACUGUAGCCAAGCAGCGGCCACUGAGAGAGACACACACACACACACACACACGGACCGAGUCUCUGGAUGCAGCCACAAGAAGGACCUCAUUAACAUUUUUGGAGUAAACGCAUUUUCGUCAUCAGUAGUUGUGUGUAUUUUUUAUUUUUAUUUUUUAUUUUAUUACAGGAUUCGCGUCACGAGCCGUGCGCGCAUUCCUCAGCAGGAUUUGCGCAUCUCCAAAUUGCAAAUUGUUCUCUGCUCUCCGCGAGAGCGUUGUUUCAAUGCGCGUGCCCGGCAGAGAGCUCUCAUAGUCAUGCUCGAGAGACGACUGGCGACGCGUUUCUUCUGACAUUCUUGUUUUUCCACCCCAAAAAAUGGAACAACAGCUCUCCAAACCAGAAUGCAAAAACAUGGAUGCGUGUCUGAGGCGACUGAAGCAAGAACUGCUGUGUAUGAAAGAAGCCGGAGAUGGCCUCCACGCUCAGAUGAAUUCAAUGAUGGGAGCCCUCCAGGAACUCAAGCUCCUUCAGGUUCAGACAGCGUUAGAAAACAUUGACAUUUCAGGCCGGCCUAUUAAUCGAGGACUGCCACAUCCAGCUCCCACUGAAGCAUCAGCUACAGCGGCUUCCACCUCCUUCAAGGACCACGGGUCCUGCUUUAGUCAGACCAAGCUCGAGGAGCCACACCCGAGUCCAAUGCUGAAUCCGAGGCCGUCUCUGGAGAGCAGAAACGCCUUCAGCCGAGAUGACAGGACCCAGUCUCGAAACAGAGGCAGCCUGGAAACCUCGUCUUCCUCAGCAUCCAGCUUUGAGAGUGAGAGUGAGGGAAGUGAAAGAAGUGCACGAAGCGCACGAAGCGCACGAAGCGCACGAAGCGUGAGAAGCGAGAAUGACCUUGAGUCUAUACCCAAGAGGUGGUCAGGAUACUCCGCUCCACAGGUGGAUUUCUACGGACCAAUGGUGGGAAACCCUCCACCGGAGCCCUACACUCAGCCACAGGCUCCCCAUCGUGCUCUGGGGGUGGACCUGCCUGGGAUCCUGUACAGCCUCUCCAGAGAGGGCCCUUCACUGGACAGCGACUACUCCCAGGACAGCACAGAUGACGGCAGCGACUGGACUUCUUCGCUCAUGAGCCACAGCCGCAACCGUCAGCCCUUAGUGCUGGGCGACAACGUCUUUGCAGACCUCGUGGGCAACUGGCUAGACCUGCCAGAGGUGGAGAGGGAGGAGGCGGAAGAAGAGGAGAGGAUGAAGCAGAGAGAGGAGAGGAUAGCAGACGGAGGGGCGGACAGACCGGACACCCCAGCUCACCCUCUCCGCCUCAGCCGCUCGCAGGAGAUCUGCAAGAAGUUCUCGUUAACCACAAACAUCUUCAAGAAGUUCCUGCGCAGCGUCCGACCCGACAGGGACAAGCUGCUCAAGGAGAGGCCCGGCUGGAUGGCUCCUGAGCUGCCAGAGGGAGACCUCUUCAAAAGGCCAAAGAAAGUGGCUCCCAAAAGUUCAAAAGGCAGCUUCUACCUUCCCUUCUGGGCAAAUGGACAGCAGGUCAAAGGCAGACCGUGUUCUCAUCUAGCUGAAGCAGAGAGGAACCACCAACACCACUUCCCCCAGGUCCACCAGCAGCCAUUUGCUGGGAUGUAUUUAGACAGGAGACCGCCAGAGACGGGUCUGGAGAAAAUGCAGCCCUUGUUUGACUACAACACAGCUGUGUGGGUCUGACACUGAGUCUUGGGCCAACAGACUGCCAAUUGAUGCCAAACUGAGUGAGUGACAGGUGCUGGUGGGAUUUUGGGCUUUACUGGAGGGGGAUUGAAUGAAUGAGACGGUUGGAUACAGUUAUCUUCCAGAAAUGAACCGAUGAACUUCACACCCACAAGAUUAUCAGGGCAACAUUUUGUCUGACAAUCCUCAAAACCUAAACCUUGUUUGUUGUGUGUGUCUGGGUGGGUGAGUGUGUGCUGCAGAGUGUCUGAGACAAAGACAUUUUUUGAAGACUUAUGCUGCAAGUUUUGUAUUAUUCAACUUUCAUCUUAUGUGUGUGCGUGUGCAUGUCUGACUGGGUUCUCCAGAUGUCCUGAAAGACGGUACUUUGAUACGGACAUCUUUCUCAGAAUGUCUCCAUCAUUACAGAUCUUCAUAACAUAAUCCACAGACUUUUCUCACUGCUAUGCUGCAGGACUCUAUAUCUCACUUCUUUGCAUCUAUGAAUAGAAACACCAACUGUUGGAUUGCAUGGUUAUCGUUUGUAUAAGCGAUGCUACAAACAGCUGUUACUGAACACACUGCCACUGAACACAGUCAUAAGCUCACUUUAGUUUCCAACAGGCCUCGGCGCCUUGGAAACUCAGGUUUAACUGAACCCGUCUCAUUCACCUUGCUCAGGGAAUGAAUGUUACACAAGAGUUAACUAUGAGACACUUCCGCAUUUCAAGUUUAUAGAAGUCUUGCCUCAUCUCUGCUUGCCUGGAAAGACACAACAGCAAUACAGUGCAUGUCUAGUUCAAAGAGUGCACAUUAAACUUUGAGAUUUCUCCCUAGUAAUCAGAAAUGUUUGUCUUUGUAGUUGUUAGAAAUGCUUGUUUUUCUUCUCUGCCAUGCAGACAUGGCACAUGUUGGGUCAACUGUCAGUCCGCAGAGAGACGAGGGGGUAAAGAUGGCAGAGCCAACCGCGAGUACUGGCUGACUGACAUCUGGUACCCGGCCAUUAUGUAAAGCUUGUUCGCCGCAGCCUCAAUGAAGUUCAGAAACUGGCUUGUUUAAUCCCAAAGCUAUGAGCAUGAACUGAAUUAUUACGAUGACGUUACCUACUGUGUGCGUAUAUGGUGAAUACAUCACAGAGCAUGCAACAGUGAUGAGACAGUUGAAAAUGGAGGUAAAGACCCGUAAUCUCAGACAGAAUCAAUGCACAGAACAUUGUACAUAUCAAUCAAACUCAUCAACCAAACAGCAGCAAUAAGAACAUUUACUGUAAAUCAAAGCGCAUGGUUUUCAUAAUUCUUCACAAAUAAAUCAGUCCAAGUAACAUUACAACAAACAACAACUCCACGCAUGUAUUUAAACAACAAACCGAUAAUCUUACAAUAUUUAUUCUCUUGUAUCAUAUUAAACGAUUUCAGUGUUUGUUUGUUUUAUUACUUCGACCAGCAUCAUAAUACUGGAAAACAAACGACAGCUUCCUUCACAAAUUGACAUAAAUAUCAGGAUUUCCUCAGUAUAAUAGAUGACACUGCCCGUUCUGACUCGAAACCCUUUGUUUCUAUAGAGUACCACUGUUAUGCAAGGACAAUCUGAUAACUUCUUACUAUUUUGAAAAAAACCCAGUUAAUUUGACUCAGUUUUAAAUGGGGUCCCAGACCAAUCAACUUAGCCAGCAGGGAUUAGACCGUAGGUCUUUUGAGUGUCUUGGCCAGUGGAUCCAUAUGGCGUUGUCUCAGUAUUCAGGUCAAUACAUACUGUACAUUCAGAUGGUCCAACAUACACACACACUCAGACGUUUCUGCUGAGAAAGUUGUGCCAAGAUGAGGCACAGUCCAAGAUGUCAUAUCAUACAGUAUGUGGAUGUAAAUGUUGCAUUUAUUUCUUCCUAUUUACAGUUGUCUACGUGUAUUUUUUCAGCACUGUUGUUGAUUUUUUUUUUAUCAGGGUUCUGCGAACCUUCAGUAGUGAUUCUGUCAUGUGCACUGUAAAACCAUCAGUGACUCUUUGUAAAUUAAAUCUGUUUUCAG